AAGCUCGCGAGCCAACCACCGGGUCUCCUGUCCAUUCAUUCAUUCAUCUUUUGGCUGCCAAGCUACUUUUCCUCUCCUCCUCUCAAAGUAGUAUACUCCCCAUCUUCUCACCCUCCUCGUGAGCUCCGGCGAUCUCCAGCCCAUAUUCACGGCCGUGGUGGCCGUGAAUGAUGGCAUAUGCAUGCCCAUGUGUCGUGGAGGGUGAGAAAAGGGCUGUUCUCGGCACCUCCUUUCAUGCGGCCAACUCCAGCGAGCCGUCGUUCAUGGACGGCGAGGUGGCCGUUAGGGAGUUCGAGGCGCAUGCCCUUGUGGGACUACGGCGGUCCAGGACGUCCCUGGACGAGGGCGUAACAACUCGACACACAACAACAUAGAUCGGUGGAUACAAGCGUUCAUGGGAUGGGCGCGUUCCAGGCUAUGAAUCCUCAAGCAGACGCAGAUCUGAGCCGUACUAAGUCAAACCUCGACUGGAAGUCAGAUCGCCAACGCACACGCUGCUUCAGGUAGCUUGAGAAGAAGACGUGCAACUUCAGUGCAUAGAGGAGCUGCACGGCUGUUCCUGUUCUCAUUUCAGAUGACCGUGGGCGUUUCCGUAGAUUAACACAAUCCUACGGGCGCACGAGUUCUCCAAAGCCGAAACAAAGCAAAAAAGAAAAGAAAAAAGGAACCCCAGAAUGCCAGUCUACAAAAGGGCUCCUUCACGGAGUCACUGGGUGGAAUUACGUACUGGGCCUCAUGAAUGUACAUGGGCUCGUUUCCUCCAAAUGGCCCAACCUCGCAUCAUCGUGCACGGGACAAAUAGGAGGAUCCAGUGUUGACAGACUCGAGGUCGAGGGGAACUCGAGGCUGAGACGACGACGGCAGGACGAGAGUCGACUCCACCUCUACGCGCCGCCGCCUCCUCCACGUGCUGGCCCCCCUCCAGGCGCCGCCGCCUCCAGGAGUAAGAUGACAGGUUGCAGCUUAAGUCAAGUAGAGAAGGAGAUGGAAGGCAUCAACUCACAGCCAAAAGUGUUGUCUCCUUCAAUGGAGAUGGCUGUCUAUAACUCGAGUAAACUACAAAUGGAGGUGAAGGGCGAAAAGCCCAAAGAACACGAUAUUAUCAAAAUCUCCCUUGACGAAGAAAUGGAAGUUGAAUUUCAAGGUUUUACUGGUAUAGUCAUUGGUUUGCAUCUUAGCAGCAAGAUGGCAGUGAGCUUCCCACCAAACUCUGAUCGUUUCGUGCAGUUUGAGCUGAGGAAGAUAUUUGACCUUGAACUCAAUUCACACCCCUACAUCGACAAAGAUCUCUUGAGGACCCUGUGGCAUGUAAAGCCUAAGUCCACAGAGGAACCCUUCCGCACUGGACCAGAUGACAUUCUGAAAUGGAAUCAGUCUGUAUUUGUUUACCCUCCCGCUCCCAUGUUAAAAGUUACAGCGGAUGCAAAUCCAAGUGUCAAAGAGUCUGAAGGUCUUGUCUUCAGUGUCCUUGGUGUACCCUACACAUACACAGGGCAAUCCCCUUUGCAGGACUUGGUGAUAACUGUUCCACUUCCUCGCGUUGAUGAGUCCGGCCAGCCAAGGCGUGUGGUUAAAACUUACAUUUGGCACAAUGUUGGAACGCACGUUGAGAGGGCUGACUCGAUAGAAUGGCACCUUGGCUCCAUUAAUGACAGCAAUCACAGAGGUGAUCUGAGCGUGAAUUACUAUCACAAUGGUGGGACUUAUGAUAUGUCGCAAUUUUUCCCAGUCAAUGCCAGUUUCUCUUAUACCAACUGCCGUGCCUUAGAGGUUGUAAGAGCAAGGGGAGCUGAAGGCCUGCUUGACUUUGUGAUGAGCAAAACCGGCCAUGGACGCUGCACUGUGUUCGAUCCUCGCGUGAUGCAGCACCGUGCUGCUGAGGCAAAACAACGGGCUGCUGAGGCAGAAGCUGCUGCUUUAGCUUGGCAGCAACUGCCGUGGGAUAAUGAAGGUGGAAAUGUCUGGGAAGUGUAUUGAUCAGAUUGUUGUGAUCAUGGUUUUUGCACUUUUGCCUCUCAAACCUUCACGCCUUGCCCGGCAAGAACUCCCUUGAAGAUGAAGAUGGAAACUUCUGGGAUGUAUAUUGAUCAGAUUGUUGUGAUCAUGUUUUUUGCACUUUUGCCUCUCAAACCUUCAUGCUCUGCCUGGCAAGAACUUCCUUGAAGUUGAAGAUGGAAACUUUGUUCACCUAUGAUGACUCACUACUUGUAUUGCGAUGUCUUCAUUUCCCGUUAAGCUGUCAUUUUGUCGUUUGGAUAUGUAGUGCUAGACUACUUUGCAUUUACGUUAGGCAGGUGCUCGGUUGUCCUUGACGUGCAAUGUAAGGUAUUUGUAGCACUUGGUUUCGAUUCUGUAAUACAGAAUGGGCGCGUGGAUGCCCUUUUCUUCUUAA